CUAGACUUUGCCCCUCCCGGCUAAGCUUUCAGGUCAUACUUCCCCGCAAAACGCUCAUAAGAACUGUUCUAGCAAGACCUCCCAUCUUGCACGUUGCAAAACCUUAGACAAAUACACUUUUAUCGAUGGGACGAUUACCAUGGUAUGAAGUGAGCUGAUCAACAUGGGAAGAAAAACUUUCUCAUCUGUGCAUCAGCCGUCCCAGGGUAGCCCGGAGCGCUUGGGAGAUCACCUGAUCCGAAUACCGUUGCUGAUAGAUGAUAGUAAUUGCACUGUACAUACAUAACUGGUGUCACAACUCUUAGUUCCAGUAUUUCUUUCAUUGGCAAGGAACCACCAUGCGCUUCCACUACGGGCAAGUUUCGAUACAUUAGCCCAUUAACAUUUACUUAAACAACAUACCCUAGAGUUCCACGAAAUUAUCUUACGCCCAUGAUAUCUCCUCACUAUGGACAACAAAACAUUCCAUGUGGUUAAGCUUACUUUAACGGGCGUAGGAAACUCAUGCAAUCCGACGUCCGAUAUAGCUAUUCUUGCCACUUUUACAGACUACAAUGCGGCAAAAAUGAGAGCGAAAGAGAUCCUCUUGAAUGAAGGCUACGAUGAGAGCCUUUUCAAGGUUUUGGAUGUCAACGGAGGGAAGCAUAGGGGGAAAAACAGCAACGAUCUGGUAAUAUACGCCGAGGGGCUCUUAGAUGAAAAGUACACAGUUGAAAUCGAAACGAUUUCCACCAAUGCCAAAGUGGAAGGAGACGACGACGGCCGUGUAAGGUGUCCACUUUACUAUGUACUGCAAACAGUGGUGCGCAACACCAAGGAUGGUACUGGUUGCGAGGUGGACAGUACUAUAAAGAGUAUGCAUUGGACUCGGAAGCUGGCUAGAGCUGCGAUAACCUCAGCUCUCUUUGAUGAUAAAACAAGCAAGGACGGUUUCGUCGAAUAUGCAGAGCAUGCGGAUGGUAUGAACGGGCCCGAGGGUCCUGAUUGUAUGGGGCCAUGGGGCCCGGACGUUAUUAUUCGUGCGGUUAAGGAGAACGGUGAAACCAAUUUCGUGUCCAUCAAACGCUGCAACUAAGAACGUAGGAAAGAGCAACAUGACGAAAUAAAAAAAAAAAUUGUUAAAAAAGGACAUUAUAUGGUUUUGAG